AUGCUGGCUUUUAGGGCGUCCUUCAGCAGCAGCGCAUCAUUGCCCCGGUCGUCGACUUCUCCCCCAGCCUCCUUCCCCGCCUCUGAUUGGCUGGCCCGCCGAGGCCUUCUCCUUGUUUCUUCUUCCUCUCUGAUCAUCGACGACUCCAGCAAAACCUUUGCCUGCAGCUGCCUCGACGAGUCCAGCCACGGCCCAGACGACGACCAUCACGAAGACUACGAGGCUGACGAUCCUGCUGCUGCUGCUGCUGCUGCUGCCACUGCCAUCACCACCAUCCCCGAUUCAUCGCCAGACCUUCUUGGCGCAGCCCAGUCAAUCCUAGCGACGACAAAUCACACUCAUCGCAUUCCUCCAUCCGCGUCACUCUCUGCAUCUGCGCCUGCUCCGCUGCCUCGCCCUCGCUCACGUUCACGUGAGAAGGACGCCGCCAUACCUUCCCAGCGCGGUCGUCUCGGCGGCCGUGCCGACAUCCUGCUUCCCACGGAUCCUCCACUCUCCCGAGCGCCUCCCUCCAAGCCCGUCCCGGCCACCGUAGUAGAUGCCCCGGGCAACAACAACCCUCAUUUCUCGAGCCUCGACCCUCCCAAGCCCGCGUAUCCCGGAACCGGCCCAGCCUCUACCAAUCUAGCCGCCGACGCCGCCGCUGCCGCCCUGCAUUCACAGCACCCUCCCAGACGACCACCCACCGACCGCCAUCAAGAGCCUGCCCUCCGUCAUUCGCCUUUUCACCCACGACAGGGUACUGCUCCCUCUACACGCCGUGCCCGCCGACUAUCCGCCGUUCGCCUGUGGAAUCCCACAAACUCGACCCCCCGACCUCACACUCUUCGCAAGCGCCGUCCUUCAACACCACCGCCUCCAUCCGUACCCCUCCAGCAUCCUACUCUCGACAACGUUCUGCCUGAUCCCGUAGGAGCCGGUCCCAGCGAUUAUCCCCUCCUCACGCUCCCCGAACAGCGUCAGACCCGCCACUCUCUAUCGACCCGUGCUAGUCUCCAGGUUGAUCGGACUGGAAGUAGUGAUAAACGAGUGAGCCUUCCAUCGUCAGUUCGCGCUUCCUACGACGAGACGCGAUCUCGCCGUGGUGUCGCUUCAGCCGGAGAAUCCGAACCCCAAACCAGCAAAGUACCUGCAGAGGGUGACAUCGUGGAAGACGCACCCGUCAAACUCGACAAGGGAAAGGGAAAGGCUGUAAUGAUGCCGGAGAACGAUGAUCCAAUGCCGUCUUUCGGCAAGGACUUGGAACGGGGUCCCGAUAUAAUGGACCCGCGAAUUUCCAAUGUCUCAGCUGGGGACGGCAUCGGAUCGGCCCUCUCAUCGACGGAUUCUUCCAUUAUGGGUGAAGAAGUCGAGCCAGAUGCGGCUGGAGAAUGGGGACCUCAACAUCCCUGCUACCCUCACCUGAACCCUCACGUCCCUAUCGACUCGCCCGAGUAUGUCAACACGCGCAUUAUUCGGAUACGACGCGACUGGUUGAUCCAAGGCGAUUUGGCGCCUACCUUUUCCAACUUGUAUCCCGAAAUCCUGGACCCUGCUGGCCUGUCGGAGCAAGAAUUCCGACGGAUUAUUGAGAAGCUCAACGGUGAACUGAUACCGGCGUUCAACCCAUACGGAGCGAGAAAUAUCUUGGAUAGCCUACUUGGACUCGUGACAGGCUGGAUCUGGGACGACCUAGGUUUCACUGGAAUCAAGUCUCGGUUGAAUAGUCUCGAGAAAUGGAUUGAUCAAUGGAACCUCGACAUGGAAAAGGCCAUGGGGUCUGAAGAUGGAGCCAUGGCGCCCAAGAUCAUGCCCCUCCGGCAAACAGGCUACAUGACUCUUGAUAUCCAGAUCCCAGAUCCAGAGAUUGCUCCGGCUCCCAGCACCACCAAUCCCGGCGACUCGAGAACAGCCUUACCUCUAGACCCAGUCCCGGCUAUCAUGGCUUGAUCAGCCCGUCUCGCACUUUACAAUUCCUUCAUUCCUUGGACCAAUUGACCUUUGGCUUGUCAAUCCCCUUUCAACAUACUAUACCUUCUUUAAUCUCUUGACGACGAAUGAGAAGCUCCUUUCAUGAACAGGGCCCCUCUUGAUGAGAUACCUACACAGAGCCUGUCUGUUUAUACGCUCAGACUUGCGGCACCCUAUUUCCCUUUUUUUUUUAACCCAUCUUUAAGAUACCAUCAUCACCCAUGGCAUGGCGUUUUCCCCUGGAUCAGUUUAUUUUCUUUUUGGAUUUGCUCGAGGCGGAUGCCCUGGAUAGAAAAGUUGUUGGCGGUGUUGGAUGCCGCGUUUCCUUUUUGACACGAGGUUUUGGUGGAUGGGCUCGUCUUUUGACUCUAGAUGGCUGGACUCCCUGGUUUUACGAUGCGUUUCGGAGAAGGAUCCGGGCGAAGCUGGGGAGAAGUAUUCGUUAAUCUGCGUGCGCGUUAGUACCUAUCUAAUUGUAUCAAUAUGUAAUUCACGAUGAAUUGUUUUGGACUUUACUUGUCCAUUGUUACUG